AUGGGGAUUUACGACGUAGCUGUAGUUGGACUCGGAGCCCUGGGCAGCGCAGCAGUCUGGCAAGCGGUGCGAAAGGGGGCCAAGGUGAUAGGAUUCGAACAGUUCGAGUUUGGCCAUGUCAAGGGCGCUUCUCAUGACACAUCGAGAAUCGUGAGAACGUCUUAUGAUGCUCCUGAGUACGUAGCGCUGGCGAAGAGCGCAUAUAGGGAUUGGGCAGACCUUGAGAGCUCGGUCGGCAUGAAGCUCCUGACCGUGACCGGCGGCAUCGUUGUCAUCGCAAAGGAUGCCACGGAGGGCCCAACGAUCGAAAAUUACACUGCGAGCUUGACGGCCAACAACUUGUCAUACGAGUUGCUUUCCUCUGCGCAAGUCCAGGAACGUUGGCCUCAGAUCACGAUCGGUGAGAACAUGGCGGCCGUGUACUCUGCCGACACUGGCAUGGCGCAUGCUUCGAAGAGUGUAACGGCAAUGCAAUUUGCGGCUCGUGCCCAUGGAGCCGACCUCAGAGAGAAUACUCCAGUGACCAGUGUAACGCCAAUUGGAGGGGAGGGCAAAGGAUACAUCAUCAGGACACCUGCUGGACUGUUCAAGGCGAAAAAGGUCAUUUUAGCGACAGACGCCUGGACGAACCAAUUGCUUGAGCCACUGGGAGCGCACAUACCGCUCACGAUUAUGCAAGAGCAAGUGACAUACUACAAACCGACGACACCCGCGGCUUUCGACAAAGAGAAGUUCCCGGUCUGGAUCUGUUUCAUAAACGGCAAGGGUUUCUACGGGUUUCCUACCUUCGGCGAACCGACAAUCAAGGCCGCCCGGGACUUCUCGGAGAAUACAAUGCCUCUGGACAAACGGACCUUCGUGCACUCGCCAGAGCUUCUCGAUGAACUGACAAAUUUCAUGGGCGACUUCAUAUCCAGGGACCAGAAGCUUCAGACUCUGCGCACGGUCACGUGCCAGUAUGCCAUCACGCCCGAGCGGCAGUUCGUACUUGGACCACUGCCAGAUAAUCCGGACGUAUUUGUCGCGUUGGGAGCCGGCCAUGCCUUCAAGUUUGCGCCGGUCAUUGGUCGCGUUAUGGCGGAGCUAGCGAUCGAUGGAGCGACCAAGGAGGAUAUUUCCAGCUUCGCGGUGCCGACAAAGGCAACACCACGGGCUAGACUCUAG